AUACUUGCCCCAGUCUCCCUCCUCCCUACUAUAAUGCUAGCUAAGAUGGUGGUUUGAGCGUAAUUUCUCUUAACAAUACCAAGAAAAGAAAGGGGCGAAACACCUUUAUAGCUUUUUGAUUAUAACAGAACAACGCGAUUACUGUUAUCCUAAGUGACCAUUUUGAGAAAUUUUGCCAUUUCAGGUACAUUGGCUUCCAGCCCCCGCCCAAUUUGGUCUGACUCCUUUGGAGUGGAAUCCUAAGCUAAAUACGGACAGGCCCCGUGCUCUGUGACCAGCCUUAGUACUACUCAACCUCACUGUGCAAUAGGAUGUCCCACAGCCCUGAACUGAAGGACGACCCCAUGGAGUGCCCUCUGUGCAUGGAGCCCCUGGAGAUUGAUGACGUCAAUUUCUUCCCCUGCACCUGCGGCUACCAGAUCUGCCGCUUCUGUUGGCACCGCAUCCGCACAGAUGAGAAUGGUCUCUGCCCCGCCUGCAGAAAGCCAUACCCAGAGGACCCUGCUGUGUACAAGCCUCUGUCACAGGAGGAGAUCCAAAGGAUAAAGAAUGAAAAGAAGCAGAAACAGAAUGAGAAAAAGCAAAAGGUGACAGAAAACCGCAAACAUCUGGCGAGUGUCAGAGUGGUCCAGAGGAACCUGGUGUUUGUGGUGGGGCUCUCACAGCGACUCGCUGACCCAGAAGUCCUGAAACGACCAGAGUAUUUUGGUAGAUUUGGCAAAAUCCAUAAAGUGGUCAUCAACAAUAGCACAUCUUACGCAGGUUCACAGGGGCCCAGUGCCAGUGCUUAUGUCACUUACAUUCGUUCUGAAGAUGCUCUAAGAGCAAUACAGUGUGUUAACAAUGUGGUUGUUGAUGGCAGAACACUUAAGGCUUCUUUAGGCACAACAAAAUACUGCAGUUAUUUCCUGAAAAGUAUGCAAUGUCCCAAACCUGAUUGUAUGUAUCUACAUGAGUUGGGGGACGAAGCAGCUAGCUUUACAAAAGAGGAGAUGCAGGCUGGGAAACAUCAAGAGUAUGAGCAGAAACUCCUCCAAGACCUCUAUAAAAUAAACCCUAGCUUUCUACAACCUCCAGCUUGUGGAGCAGAGAAGUCGAAGAGUAAACCCAACUCCUCACAGAGAACCAACAAUAGCAAUGGUAAAGACGGGUGGCCGACGCUGUCAGGGCAUAGCAAACUGGCCAACGGACUUUCAGAAGACCGCAAGUCCCCUCCGCUGCUAGACUAUCUAGACCAGGAAGCUAGUAAUUCAGAUGGGCUAGAAUCAGAGCUGGGUCCUGGCCAGCGUCCUGCCUUGUCCCCCUUUUCCUCCAACUGUGACAGUAAUAGCCCAAAUGACAAAACUUCAGAGUCAAUCGGUUUGUUGAACGGAGAGACUUUACAACAACUACCCACCAGUGACUCCCCCUCCCCUCCCCCUGGUCUAACCAAGCCAAUCUUAGUGGUGCCUAUCAGCAUGUCGGAAAUCUCGGCCCGCUCGCCCUUCGAGGGAGCCGCAGCAGAGUCCCAGUCACUAUUUUCAGACAACAGUAACUUCAGACAUCCUAACCCCCUCCCUGCCGGUCUGCCCCCUUUCCCCAGCUCACCCCGCGCCAGUUCUGACUGGCCCAUGACUCCAGAACCACAGAGCCUCUUUACGUCAGACACAAUACCAGUAGCUUCCUCAACAGACUGGCAGGCAGCCUUUGGCUUUGGAUCAUCUACCAAACAGCAGGACGACGAUCUGGGUUUCGAUCCCUUCGACGUCACCCGCAAGGCUUUAGCCGACCUGAUCGAGAAGGAGCUGUCUGUGCAGGAUCAGAGCCCGUCGUCUCCCGGGCCCCUACCCCAGGGGAGCGGCGGCCACGGUCCCGGCCUGCCCCCGUCCAACCCCAGCACCUCCCACCACUUCCCCAGUGGCCUGCCGCGCGUCCACCAGCUCCACCACCACAGAGCCAUCUACAGCUCCUUCAGUUUCCCCGGCGGCCACAGCAGCCAGGCCGGUCAGCAGCAGCUGCCGGCCGCCAGGCACCCCUGGAUGAGCGUCCCCACACGAAACAACCUCACACACUUGAACCACUCAGCCAGUGCUGCCUCACACAGUAACAUCCUGGACCUGAAUCUGCCCACUCAGCACAACACGGGGCUGGGAGGAAUCCCUAUCUCAGAAAACAGUGGCUCCAUAGACGGCUUAAAUGUGAAAGAGUGGCAGGACGGACUGAGAGCUCUUCUGCCCAACAUCAAUAUCAACUUCGGUGGCCUCCCAAACUCCUCCUCGUCAUCAUCUUCCUCGUCCUCCAACAGUGUUAACCACAUUGGUGGGCCGGCAGGGCCAGCAGGAACAGUAGGCAUGUCACACAGCCUCAGCUGGGAUGGAACAGCCAGUUGGAUGGAUCCAGCUAUUAUUACAGGCAUCCCAGCCUCAGCAGGUAACAGUUUAGACUGUCUCCAGGACGACAACCCUCCACACUGGCUCAAGUCCCUGCAGGCGCUCACAGAGAUGGACGGCCCUGCCAGCGCCGCUGUGCCCACGCCCCAGCCCCUCCACAGCAGCCUCCUCGACAGCCACCUCCCCCUCCAUCACAGAGCCCCCAGCGGCUGGGCUCCCUACCUGCCCCCUCCCACAGCCAACCCCGCCAGUCAGUUCCACUCUCCUCCCCCAGGCUUCCAGACCGCCUUCAGACCCCCAGGACAGCCCGCCACAGAGCUACUACAGAGUGCCGCCGUGGAUCGCCACUGAACACAGACUGGAGCAGACGCCCAUCCAUUCCCCCCACUUCCUCCUCCCACUUUAAACCAACUCACCCAGUACCCUCCCCCCUGCUUCCUGUCCCUGAUGCGCAAUACACACCAAUCUGCAGAGUAUGAAAAAUUAACAAAUAACAACCUUGCUUUCUUCUUCUUUUUUUUCUUCUUUUCCUCCUUCCUUUGUGUCUCCUCUUAAAAGGCCUGUUUGUUUUUGUUUGUGGCGACACACGUUAUCAGUACCUUUCUGUCUGCUGCCAUCACCGCUCCGUAGCCCCGUACUGGGCGCAGCGUGGGAUUCAUUGUGUAGCUUAUCGUCAACACAAGAAUCAGUAGAGCAUUAAAAGGCGUCCAUUGUUGGCACGAGCUAACUCCACAAACUGUCACACAGAAAAAUCAGAUAAAAAUUAGCAGAAAUGAGGUAAUUUAAAGUAAAACUAUAACUAAUAAAUAAGCAUGAAAACAUUUGUGGUUUUGGGAAAGUUGAUUAGUUUUUCUUUUCAGGAGUAAAGCAAGCUGUGAAUCUGCUCUUUUAAAGCUUUGCCCCAAAGACCCUCAGUCUCCCCUCCCUCCCCACUUUUCAGAGGAGACUGAAACGGUUAACAGCCAUGUUGUGAUUCAAGGUGAGUGAGAGAGAUGAGAGGGGUUGGCACUUGGCUUUUAUUUGAAUUGGUUUCGUAAAAUAUCAGUAGCUAGACAAAAAAAAAAAACGAAUGCAAUUUGAUUAGCGAGUGAAUGCAGGCAGUGAGAGCACAGGCUAUGCAUGGGCUCCCUGUUGAGUACGGACACAAAUGGCCUGCCUGAGAGGCCACUUGGCUCACACUCUCUUUAGCGAGGGGCUCCCACGGGUCCCAUCCUGCUGGAGGGAGAAUUUUGCUGAACCUCUGUAUCAGAGGAUAGAGCAGCGCCUUACCGCAGGGAGCCGGGGCUGUGGGAAAUCAUGGCACACAUCCUGAGCACUAGGGUUAGACUCUAACAGUGCCACUGUGUGGUACCUACAAUACUAGCCCUGACAUGGAACGGCCGCCACACGGGCAGGACAGCGAUUAGAUGUGACUGAUGUUGAAAAUACUAACGAGGGUAGUGAAGAGGUUAACCGGUUUCCCUUUUUCGUUCAACCCACGAGGGCUUACACGAGGCCUUAAAAUAGACAGGUGAGAGGAAGGUGGAGUGUGAGUGACUGCUGAGAAAUAUGCAAUAAUGUAUGUGACGUCAGCAGCUGGAUGUAAGGCAUCACUAAGGACGGUGCUGCAAGAAUACACCAAGUACUGUAGUAACAAAUCAACGAGCCCUCGGCCUUUCCGAUCGAGACCGACCGACCUCUACGACCCCCCCCCCCCCCUUUUUUCUUUUUUUUUUUUUUUUUUUGAAGUCUUAAUUCUGAAUCGUGUUCACUCUUUUUCUCUCUCUUAGCCCCCGCCCUGACCCGCCCCGUCCUCCUCCACCCCCCGCCAUACCCUAUUUAACAGUAUUCACAAAGAUGAACAAAGUCAUCUCCAGGAGAAACCAACAGAGUCGUCAUACAGUGAUUUUUUUUUUUUAACACGAUGUUGCGAGGAAAACUAAACCAACUUUUGAGGCGCUUACAGGAAGUGAACUGUCCUCUGCAGGUCUGGAAAAAUAAACCUUAAAUAAAACUGAAAAUUGAGA